AUGCGGGUAAAGCUCCCCAAGCUCAGGGAAAAGAUCACAAGAACACUGAUAUGUCCUGCAGAACCUCACAUCGGUCACCUUUACACACUCGUCUUGACGGAUAUUCUGAAGAGAUGGCAUGUCUUGUUAGGCAGAAAAUCUAUACUCGUCACGGGAACAGACGAGCAUGGAAUGAAAGUCCAACAGGCAGCUGCAAAGGCAGGGAAAGAAGUGCGAGCGUUCUGCGACGAGGCCUACAAGCCAUUCCAGGCCCUAGCGAAAGAAGCACAUAUAGACUAUGAUCAUUUCAUACGGACCUCCGAGCCUGAUCAUAGGUUUGCUGUACAACAUUUUUGGCUCCUGCUCAGAGAACGAGGUUGGAUCUAUGCCAAGAAACACGAGGGAUGGUAUUCGGUCAGCGAUGAGACAUUCUAUCCACAGUCCGCCGUACAACUAGCUCUCGACCCGGCCACGGGACGAAAGUUCAUGGCAUCGAAAGAGACUAGGAAAGAAGUAGAAUGGACCUCAGAAAAUAACUACCAUUUUCGCUUGUCGGCUUUCCAGACAAGGCUUCAAGAGCAUUACUCAAAGAGUCAUGACAUGAUCGUCCCGUGGACAAGGAUGAAAGACGUUGAGGACGAAAUCGGGAAAGGCCUCCAAGAUCUUUCCAUCUCUCGCCCGUCAGAAAGACUGAGUUGGGGUAUCCCAGUGCCGGACGACGCGACUCAGACCAUCUAUGUCUGGCUUGACGCCUUGAUAAAUUAUCUCACCAAGGCCAAUUAUCCUUUCCAGAUCCCAGGUCAAGAGAACGCUGCUGGUUGGCCCGCAGACUGUCAUGUGAUAGGCAAGGACAUAGUCCGAUUUCAUUGCAUUUACUGGCCAGCCUUCCUCAUGGCUCUCGACCUUCCUCUGCCCAAGCAAAUUCUCACCCACGCGCAUUGGACUCUCGGAAACGAGAAGAUGUCUAAAUCUACAGGUAUGGUGGUCAAUCCCUUUUUUGCCAUCAAUCGCUUCGGCGUUGACUGCAUGCGCUACUAUCUCGCCCUCAAUGGUGGCAUCAAGAACGAUUCCAGCUACGACAAUUCGUUCAUUGUAGCACGCUAUAAGAGAGGACUUCAAAGCGGCCUUGGCAAUCUAGUCAGUCGCGUCACUCGAGGCAAAGGCUGGGAUGUAAGGCGAGCGGUGAAGAAUAGCGACAAGCAUAUCGAACGGCUCGAUGAGCAGCUCAGUCUCAAGCUGAGCAAAUUAAGAGAUAUGGUGUUCCGCUGCAUGAGUGAGCCAGAUCCUCGAGAAGGGCUGCACACGAUAAUGAAAGUAGUCCAUGAUACGAAUGCAUACAUGCAAUCCAGCGCGCCGUGGAAUCUUUGCGAGCCUGAAAAGCAAGAGCAACUAGACUGCGUCAUCUACCUUUGCGCGGAAUCGCUUCGGAUCUGCGGUAUUUUGCUUCAGCCCUACAUGCCAGCGAAGAUGAAGCAGCUCCUGGACAUGCUAGGUGUGGCUGGAGAUGCGCGGAUGUGGGUAGAUGCAGACCUAGGAAAAGACCAGGACUACGGAGAGCCGAAGGAUGAGAUUGGCAAGGAAACUGAGAUGCUAUUCCCGCCUUUGAAUAGUCAGUUCUGA